UCAUGCGGUCAUCAAGUUUUAUUUCUUUAAGGACGAUUACCGCGAAAACGUCGCGAUGAAAUGAAUUUAUCGUUUAGAUAAGUCGACGAUGUUUCGAAGAGAGUUAUUAUGUGCGUGUGUUUUAAUUAAUUUCGUUUUAUCCGAGUGUGUUAAUAAUGUGAGAAGUGAAAAUGCCACAAACAUCCGUAAAAAAUCUAUCGGGUUCCUAGUAUCCUUGCCAAACGCCCUCGUUUCCGGGGAAAAUGCCACAGUGUGCGCCUCAAUACACGGAGGAAAAUUACCAGUACACAUGCUGCUCGAACUGAAAUGGAAAGAGCGAAGAUACAAAACCCUAAAAGCUCUGGAUUUAGAGUCAUCUUGCUUCGAAUUGAGCAUUCCCCAAAGAAAAUACCCGGAUCCGCAAUUCGUAGGGGUGAAAAUCCAGGCUCAAAUCAACGGUGAAAUUUACUCCGGCCACAAUCAAGACCCCAUAGUGAUUUACCCCAAUCAGAAAAACAAAUUUCUGAUAGAAACUGAUCGGGGCGUUUAUAGGCCGGGGGAUGUAGUGAAAUUUGUCAUUCUACAGCUGGACCAUAAAACGCUCCCAAUUGGCACAAAUGUAAGCGAUAUUAAAAUAAAAAACCCUUUGGGGAUAACCGUUAUGGCUUGGGAUGAUGAAGUGCCGGACCACGGAUUAGUUAAGUUGGAGUACCAACUAGUCGAUGAAGCUUUAACAGGCAAAUGGAAGUUGCAAGUCCAGAAUCAAUCGAGACCUUUUGAAGUAGCCAAAUACAACGUGCCACGGUUCAAGAUCGACUUGAAAUAUCCGAAAUUGGUCUAUUACGAAACCGAUGUGGUCAAUGUGGUCGUGUGCGGACGAUACUCGUACAAUAAACCGGUUUCUGGGAUCGCUUUCGUUAAAAUUUCGGAUUCGGUCAAUGGUAAUUCCGUUAAUAAGUUGAACGAGAUGAUAAACGGCUGUUCCCAAUUCACACUCAACCGAACCGAAAUAAAUAUAAAAUCGGUCCAUGAUAGGCGAGGAUUUCUUCAUAUAACCGCCACGAUAACCGAGUAUGGCACCAAUAAAAUGGACGUUACUACUGGAAAAAUCAAAAUUAUGUCUAAACCUUACAGUCUAAAAUUACAGAGCCCUUCAGUGUUCAUCCCUGGUCUCCCUUACAAAGGCCAAAUUGCCCUUAUUCACAACUACACUAGAUUAGAAGAGGAAUCUUUAGAGCUUUGCUACAAUUUGGCCAUAAAGAAGAGUUGGAAUUAUUUUAACAGUGAGGAGUGCCAAGCUUAUAACGUUUCUAAUGAGGGUGUAGUGAAUUUCCAGUUAUGGCCCUUAAAGAACAGCGUUAUUCACGUAAAUAUACAUGUCAAGUCAAUAAAGCACCCUCAUAUAACUGAUAAGUAUUUAUUGGUUAGGCUGUACUCUCCGAGUUCCAGUUUUAUCCAGUUGGAAAAAGGGGUUUUUCAAGAGCAACCCUGUAACGCUCAGCAUCAGUAUACAGUUUUGUAUUCUACAAGUCAUUUGAAGCAUGGAGAUAAUGUCACGUUUUAUUAUACAGUGAAGUCUGCAACAGAAAUCUUCCAAACAGGCAGCUACGUGCACCAGGUGCAAAAAUUAUCCUCCGUACCAGCAGAAGAUAAAAACCUCUAUUUAGGAAACGAGCAUAAGUUCGUCAAAAUGGGCACAAACAUCGACAGAUUCACUUUAAAUUUCGAGAUAACGAAACGAUUUAUUUCCAAAUAUGAACUGCUAGUUUACACCGUAAACAGAGAGGGUGAAACUGUUGCCGCCACCAUUACUAGUGAUAUAGAACCAUGUUCCUUACAGAUCAGCUCUUAUUGGAAAGAAAAUCAGCUCCUUCCAGGAAGCAUAGCGACUUUAAACAUAAAGUCAGCUACCCCAGCACUAUGCGCUGUCUCAGCUACGGAUAAGGCCAGCAAGUUUAUGUCAGCAAACCAUUUUAGUUUGUCUCUGGAUCAUGUGAUUAAAGUGUUUUCCUCCGAGAGGGAGCCACCGAAGUCUGGCCGGAACAGUUGUAUUGGCAGCAAUAAGAAGAGUUUAGGGCCUUCAAAAGCUGAAAAUAUGCUGAAUUUUACCGAGCAUUUGGCGACUAGCAGGAGGAAGCGACACGUGUACUCAUUUUCUGAAGAUUUUGACGCCUACGAUGUCUUCUCAAGGUUCGGUGUUGUAACCAUUACAAACCUGCAAAUUGUAACAAAGCCUUGUUACAACGGCCCAUUGAUCACUGAACCCAACCAAGUGCAAUCACUGACUGACCAUUACGACGUUUCGCAAGAGGACACAUCAUCAGUCACCAUACGUUCCUUUUUUCCAGAAAACUGGUUAUGGGAGUUGAUUCCAGUCGGCAAUCACAUCCAAUUCCAACGGACAGUGCCCCACUCGAUAACGACCUGGAUUACGAACGUUUUCUGUGUUUCUGAGAGCCAAGGCGUCGGUUUUGCAAGAGAACUCGAACUGAUCAGUUUCCAAUCGUUUUUUAUGGAAGUUUUAACUCCGUACUCGAUUAAGAAGGGCGAAAGUUUCCAUUUGCUGGUGCACGUCUCCAAUUACGUCAAUUAUUCAUUUCCAAUAAGAAUAUCUAUAAGAAUGUCGAACAAUAUCGAACUAACCCAUAAAAUGAGCGCCACCUAUUGCCUGAAACCUAAUAGUACACAAACUCACAAUUACCCGAUCAGGGGGGUCGACAUUGGGGUUGCUAACGUGACGGUUUUGGUGGAAAACGAGAGUCAGUAUCCGUUCAGUUGCGGACCGGAAAUUAUCGUUUCAAAACGAGAUGUGGUGGCCAAAAGCUUCAAAGUGAUCCCCGAAGGUGAUUUUAUUUCGACCACCAGAUCGGCCUUAUUGUGCGCCUCUCAUGGACAUUUUAUCAAUACGGUCUCUUGGAACCUGAGCGUCCCGAGGGACAUUGUCCCUGGGACUGAUAAAGUUGUCGUUUCUAUUAAUGGAGAUUUAUUGGGGCAAACUAUCGAGAACCUCGAUCACUUGAUAACGAUCCCUACCGGCUGUGGGGAGCAAAUAAUCGCUUCUAUGGCUCCAAACCUUUAUGUGCUACGAUAUCUUCAGGCUAAUGGACUUUUAACUGCGGCAAGAAAGCAACAAAUUAUUCGAAAUUUAAAAAUUGGUUACCAAAAAAUCCUAAACUAUUUACACCCAGACGGUUCGUUCUCGGCCUUCGGCUAUUACGACCCGUCAGGUUCGACAUUUCUAACCGCAUUCGUGGUGAAAAUCCUGCAAGAAUCCCGCGAAUUCAUUUAUGUGGACCAGAGGGUGCUGGAUCGCGCUCUGGAUUGGAUUUUCGCCCAUCAACUGGAAAACGGCUGUUUCGACACCAUGCACCACGUGUUCCAAGAUAUGGGCGGUACCAACAUCGAGAACAGCACCGCGGGAUUGACGUCUUAUGUUAUCGCGAGUCUUUUCGAUGCCAAAUUGAAUAUACCGGAGGGGGUGCAACAGAAUACAAAAUUCUGUAUAAGGGCCCAAAGGAAUCCCGAUAAAUAUUCGCUGGUUAUUAGCAGCUACGCCCUAUUUAAGAUCCGUUGGUUGGACGAGGCAAAACGGUUUUUGCAAAAAACGAUUGCGGUGGCCAAUAUCGAGGAUAAUUUAAUGUGGUGGAGUGUCACAAGUUCAGAAGAGUCCUACGCCUCUGACAUCGAGAUAACCAGUUACGCCUUGUUGGCUUUGAUGGAGGAACCUUCGGCGGAAUAUAUGGCUUAUGCGCAUUCUAUAGUGCACUGGUUGGUUUCGAAAAUCGGGCCUACUGGCGCGUUUAAAUCCACCCAGGAUACAGUAGUCGCACUGGACGCCUUAACAAAAUACGCAAACUACAUUAAAACGUCAAAUGUAAACUUGCACGUGCAUUUGCAAACUCACACAGAAACUCACGAGUUUUCUUUGAGCGACAGGGACAGACUGAUGGCGAGGCAAAUUCCACUUAGUAGCCUGGAUAGUAACGAGUUAAAAGUCCAUUUAUCGGGUAGCGGAUGUGCUUUUAUUCAGUCAACGACAUCUUACUACACCACCAAUAUUCCGGAGAGUGAAGCUUUCAGAUUGGCACUGGAGGUGUCGCCAGUGUCCAACGUGGACACUUGCUCUAUCAAAAGCAUAUCACCAUGUAUAGCGUACAAGGGUUCGGAUAAGUUUUCUAAUAUGGCCGUUAUGGAAGUGGAGAUUCCAUCUGGGUUUAGGGCUGAUAGGGCUUCUCUGUAUCAGUUGGUUGAAUCGAUGGAAAAUAUAAAAAAAUUCGAGGAAAAGGACACCCAGGUGAACUUUUAUUUCACCAACUUGGGAGCGAACCAACUCUGUUUCUCGUUUAAUGUUUAUGAAAACUUACCUAUAGAAGACAGGAGGGACAGCCUAGUGAAACUGUACGACUACUACAGACCGGAAAGGAGCCUACUGCAGUUUUAUAAAAUCAUUAAUAACUGUAGCACGGACGAUGGUCACCUUUUUCAUCAAAUUAAACCCGAAAGAACAUUAAAUCGUUCGAGAAGGAGCGGAGGGUGUCGGCGUACCAAAAUAAACUCUACAAACGACAAUUUAAAUAAGGAUUUUGUCGAUUUAGAUGUUGAUAUGGAAUCUCCUUAUUGUAGUUAUGUACCUUUUUAUGUACUGCCACCAGUAAUGGAGCAAGAGAAAAACCAAUCUAUACAAUUUGCCACAGGCACCGAGAGGGCACGGCAUUCAGUUAGGGGGCCGCACCCCUUACAACCCGGGGGUUGAUAGGAUGCGCACACCUGACCCUGGGGGCAAAAUCGGUUCCUACAGGGGUCUUCCGCCAGCGGCUGUUUGCAAUCCAGAUAAGCUGAAAUGUAUUUAAAUUGCAACAAAUAAAUUCUUGUUUAUGCGAA